AUGAGCAUUAACAAUACCGAUCCUAAUCUUGUGCAAAAUUUAGCGGGAGCUCUUGGCAGCACUUUAAUUUCCGAUAAGAACAUUAGAUUGCAAGCAGAGCAAUACAUUAAAGAGGCUUCAAAACAACCAGGGUAUGCUUCAGCUUUGUUGUAAAUCAGUGCAGAACCACAAUUCAACCAGGGUUAACAAGUAGAUGUCAAUUUGGCAGCAGCAGUACAACUUGGCACAUUGGUAGAGCAUCACUGGAAGUUCUACGAUGUAGCAUAGGCUAAGAAGAUCACUAUUGAGGGUUUUGACUUCAUUAUAUUGGACUAGGCCGAUAAGUAGAUGGCUAGAGACAAUAUACUAUAGUGCAUGCAGAAAGCUAGCAAUUAGAAGAUCAUUAAGUAAUAUGAGAGAUGUAUUACUACCAUUGCCAGACUAGAUUACCCCAACAUGUGGCCCAACCUCUAGCCAGAAAUUACUUUCUAUCUAAUGCAGCAAAAUGAUCCUAAAUGUGUGAUGACAGGACUACUAGCAUUGCAAAGCUUGGUAAAGAAGUACGAGUUCGAGUUGGAAGAUGAGCGAACUCCUCUUUACAACAUCCUCGGCUCGACCUUUGAGAUCCUUGGUGGUCUGAUAAACUAGUUGAUAAUGGUGGAGGACUAAGCUGCUUACUAGGUCCUGUACCUUGUGGCAAAGAUUUUCUACAUCUCAAAUCAACUGUUUAUGUGCCCGUUCCUGACUGAAAACAAUGCAAUUGACCCAUGGAUUCAGUUCUUCAAGACUCUGCUAGAUAAGCCACUACCUUAGGAGUUAGAAGCCUUUGUUGAGGAGAUGAAUGAAAUUGAGAUGAGAGAUAAACACAUACUCUGGAAAAUCAAAGGAAUUGCUGGAAAGAUGACUUAUAGAGUAUUUUAAAAGUUUGGAAAUCCCAGACAUGUCGAGGACCAUUAGAUUGAAUUUUCGAAGUAUGUUAGAGACACUUUUGCAGCACCACUCUUAGAGUCUCACUUGCAAAUAGUAUUCAAGCGUAAAUCUAAUUUCAUUGGCAACAAAUCCCUCAACUAUGCCAUUAAGUAUGUGUCUUAAGCUACAAAACUCCCAGCCACCAUGAAAAUCCUUAAGUCCUUUGUAGAUAACCUUUUAUUUGAGACCAUAGUUCCCAUCAUGUUGGUGACUCACAAGGAUGUUGUACUCUUUAAGGAGGAUCCAAUUGAGUUUAUCAGAAAGCAAAACGACUUCUCAGAGUCACUAUUCUCUCCAAAGACCACUGUCAGUGACCUGCUGUUAUAUCUAUGCAAGUAUAAGUCAGUCAAGAAGAUCAAAAGACCCGAUUAUCUACACAAGUUCCUUGAGUUCUGUGUCUCAAACCUCAAUCAAUAUUAAUAAUAGCAGAACCCAGACUGGAGAAUCAAAGAAGCCAUUAUGUACUGUAUUGGAUCACUCAUUGAUGACAUCAGAGCUCAUAAGGAUCUUAGAGACAUGAUGGAGCCAAUGAUGAUGCAGCACAUUCUUCCAGAGCUACACAAUACCUAGCCAUUUAUGAGAAUGAGAGCUUGCUGGUUCUAUGGCGAGUUCGGCACCUUCAAGUUUAGGGACACCAAUCAUAUCACCCAGGCUGUAGACCUUAUCUACAGAAAUAUGCAAGACCAAGAGCUCCCAGUCAGACUUUAAGCUGCAACCUCUAUCCAUAAGCUUCUAAAUAACUAAGAAACCUUCAACUUCCUGAAACCAGCUCUUAAAAACAUCCUUGAACAGUAUCUUAAACUCAUGAGUGAGAUCGAUAGCGAGGAGUUGGUAAGAGCUCUAGAAGAGAUUGUAGGACACUUUAAAGAUGAUAUCGCUCCUUACGCUCUUCAACUUACUGAUUAGCUAGUCACCUCUUAUCAAAGACUUAUCACAGUGAAUGUAGAAGAUGAUGAUGGAGAGUCUGCAUUAGCAGCUGUUGGAUGUGUAGAGGCAGUCAGAAGAGUCCUAGACUCGUGCCAAAGUAACAAAGAAUUGCUACAGUAAUUGGAGACCAUCAUAUAUCCCAUUUUGAUGCAUUCACUUACACCAGAUGGACUCGAUGCCAUUGAAGAUGGACUUGAUUGCAUAGCUCUACUUCUCUAUUACGGUUAACAAAUUUCACCUCAAAUGUGGAACCUCUUCCCCUAAUUAUUGUAUGUUGUCUGUGGAGGUGAUGAUUCUCCCUAAUCAGAGGGUGGCUUCGGUCAAGAAUACUUGGCUUAAGUUUCAGUUUCGAUUUAGAACUUUAUCUCCAAGGAUCCUAAUCAGUUCCUAUCGACACUGCCAGGCAAGGAUACCUCUCCAAUCUAAAUGACUUUUAAAUUUGUUGAGAGAUGCAUUCAGAUAAACAGAAACUCCAAUAAUAAGUAGGAUGCCAUAGUCAUCAUGAAGAUUUUCAUUGCUAUCAUUGACAACCUCUAAGGCCGAGUUGAUGACGCUCUGCCCUUCAUCUUGCAGGUUUGCAUGUCUGAGCUCCAAAACAAGAACCCAAAGAAUGUCAAGUCAAUGAUCUUACAAACUCUGUGCAUGGCACUCUGGUACAACACCCAACUUACCUUCAGCAUCCUUGAACAAAAUCAGAUGACUAUUCCAUUCUUCUCAACCCUUGUCAACUAUUUCCCUAACUUCAAGUUUGACUUCGAGUUCCGUAGAGUAAUUUUCGGACUUGCGUCAGUAGCUAACACUCCCCCACAAAAUCUUCCAGGAAUCGUAGCUGAGAGACUACCAGACUUGGUUAAGAGUCUAGCUAUGAUUAGCAUUAAGAUGAGAGACAAGAGACUUGAGAUCCUCAAGGAUAACGAGGAGUAUGUGAAGGAAGAACUAAAGAAACAAGUUUUAGAUGAUGGCUUUGAAGAUGAGGAGGACGAUAAUGAAGAUGAGGAUGAGGAAGAAAUGGAUGAGGAUUCCGAUGAAGAAGAGAAGCAGUUUAGAAAGGACUUGAAGAAGAUCCAGAACCUCAAGAAAAAGCAAGAUGGCAAUGUUGGAGGAGACGAUGAAGAAGACGACAGCGAUGAUGGAGAGGAUUCAGAUUAUGACUAUACUGGAGGAGACUUAGCCAUAUAUGAUUCAGCACUUGAUGAUGUAGAUGAGUUGAUCUUUAUUCAAGAUAUUCUUAACAGAAUCAACCAAGCUGACUCUGGCUAUUUCAACCGUCUUUUAAGCUCAAUGAACCCAGAUGAGAUGCAGUAAUUCAAUGAUAAUAUCUCUAGUGCUUAGGCUCUUAAGGAAAGAGAAGAAGUAGUCAGAAAGCAGUGCGAUGAGAUUGAUAGUAAAUCUAAGGCAGCUGGAAACUAAUGA